AUGUCGUGGUCUUCGCCGCCAGCGCACUCUCAGAAAGCCGACACAUACCACCCUGAUCGCUCCAGUCCUUUGCGCUACAACUCGAAUGCCUCGACAGCCUCAGCAUAUUCGAUGUCUUCGAACCCCUUUGCACCAAGCCGCACGAGCACAAUAUCUUCUGCAGCUUCUAGCACCUACUCAUACUCUGCUGCAGGUCACAAGCGCGGAAUCAGCGAAACAUCUCCAACUCGGCCAAACGCAAGGCAGGAUGUCUCUCGGCUGGACCAAUCCGAUGCCGCUUCAGGAUACAAAUCCAUCAGACAAUCGCUAAGACCACUACCCCAAGCACCAAAUGUAUCCACACCUCCUGUAGCUCCCAAAAGCUUUUCACACUCCACGAACGAAAACGGCUUUCACAGCCCUGAAUACGCACCUGAUGGCCCAGCUUACACUUCAGAUUCUGACCGACCGUUGCGAAGUCGAGUCAAUGCAGCAGUGUUGAGUCGCGCAGGAUCUGUCACACCCAGAACGUCUUCUUCCCACAGAGAGAGUGACCAAUUUGCCGACAGCAUCCAAGAACACCACGGGCCCAAUCUCACCUCACCAGACCUAGCCGAUCUCAAAAAGUCGUCUACGCCAUACUUGAAGACUCUUUCAAGAUUCGCUCAGAAUGGAGACAACGAAGAAUUCACGACGGCUCCAUCGACGCCUUCGGUUGCAGGUCUUUCUGGUCGCAAACAAUUAAAGCGAGCAGGGUCUGUAAGGCCCAACCAGGGGUUUACUCAAAAUGGUGCAUCUCGAGCCUCAGCUUGGGCUGAGAGCAAUUGGAUGGAGAAGCAAAGGCAAUUCCUGCAAGCAUAUGAGUACUUGUGUCAUAUUGGAGAGGCGAAGGAAUGGAUUGAGGAUAUCAUACAUAAGCCGCUUCCCCCAAUCGUCCAAUUAGAGGAAGCUCUUAGGAACGGUGUUACGCUUGCUGAGAUUGUCCAAGUCUUUUAUCCUGAUCAACAAAUACGAAUCUUCAGAAACCCAAAGCUUCAAUUUCGCCACUCCGAUAACAUCGCUCUCUUCUUCCGCUUUCUUGACGACAUGGAAUUGCCAGACCUCUUUCACUUCGAAUUGAUUGACCUUUAUGAGAAAAAGAACAUACCAAAAGUGAUAUAUUGUAUACAUGCGCUUUCAUGGCUUCUUUUCAGGAAGGGUCUUGUAGAUUUUAGAAUUGGCAAUCUCGUUGGUCAGUUAGAGUUUGAACACCAUGAGCUUGAGGAAGCGCAAAGAGGAUUAGACAAGGCUGGUGUAAGUCUACCCAGUUUUGCAGGAAUGGGUGCAUCCUUUGGUGCAGAGCCAGAGCCAGCACCACCGCCGCCGCCGCCUCCAGAACCAGUACCAGUCGAAUCAGAGGAUGAUCGAAUAGCAAGAGAGCUAGGUGAUGUCGAAUCAGUGAUCCUGGAUCUACAGUCCCAAAUUCGGGGGUCUGUCAUACGUAUGCAACUGGGAGACAUGAUGCAGGGCCUUUGGGAUUCGGAGGACUUGCUUAUUCAACUUCAGUCAGUCGUUAGAGGCAACUGGGCUCGAGAGAUAGCAGAAUAUCGAGCUACCACCAAACGCUCCGCUAUGCUGGUUCAAAGUGCUGCCCGUGGCUUUCUAGCCAGGUCAAGUCGAAAGCACCAAGAUGAAAUUUGGCACGGUAGACAGGAUCAGAUUAUCUUGUUGCAGAGUAUGAUACGGGCCAGAAAGGCCCGGCAAGAAACGCAGACUGUCAAAAUAUCAUCGCAAAAAGAAGCUCAAGGGAUCCAAAGUCUUCAAGCUGCGAUCAGGGGUGCAUUACAACGAAAGGCCGUGGAUGAUCAGUAUGAAGAAACGCACAGUGCUGCCGUUGUGCUGGACAGACUUCAAGCUGCAAUCCGAGGGCAGCUCGUGCGUCAAGGGAUUCACAGAGACAUUCGGAAUUUGCGUUUGGCUGACAACGUCGUUUGCCAAUUACAGGGAGCCAUCAGAGCAAAUCUGGGAAGAUCAAGUUUCAAACACCAGAUUCAUCAGCUGCAAGGCAAGUCUGCGAUUUGGUCAGCACUUCAAGCGGUUUCAAGAGGCUUCCUUUGCCGAAAAAGAUUAGAAAACUCGCAUGUGCAAUUACGCAACCAACAGGCCUCGACCCUACGUGCCCAAGCUGGUAUCCGAGCCAUGCUGUUACGUAGAGAAGUAGCAAAGACAAAAUCAUCUCUGAAUGACGCAAACUCGGAGAUACUUACUUUACAGAGUUCUGCGCGUGGAAGAACUUUUCGAAUGAGAAUUGUCUUAGAUAAGCAGGCAUUGAAGAAACAAACUAGUGCCAUCGCCCACCUCCAAUCAGCCAUCCGGGGAUCUUGUUCGAGGCAGCGGCAGGCUCUGGUUCUCGCUGAAUUAAGUACUCAUGUUGAGGAGAUCAAGCAGCUACAGGCCUUGGGUCGAGGGAUGCUACUUCGUUUAGACGUAGGAGAUGAACUUAACCAGCUUGAGGCUGAGGAGUCUGAAGUAGUGGAAUUGCAAACCCUAAUUCGAGCCAAAAUCGUACGUGAGAAGUUUAUCGAAAAGCAGCGCUUCUUCAAGGCAAACAUGGAGAAGGUCAUCAAAGUCCAGAGUUUUGUGCGUGCCAAGCAGCAAGGCGAAGCGUACAAGAGCCUGACGACCGGCAACAAUCCACCUGUGGGCACAGUGAAGAAUUUCGUGCACCUCCUCAAUGACAGCGACUUCGAUUUCGAUGAGGAGGUCGAGUUCGAAAGGUUACGCAAAACCGUCGUGCAGCACGUUAGACAAAAUGAAAUGGCAGACCAGUACAUUGGACAGCUAGAUAUCAAGAUCGCGCUACUAGUAAAGAAUAAGAUUACUCUCGAUGAAGUUGUCAAGCACCAGAAGCACUUUGGCGGCGUUGCUGGGAAUCUGUUGACUAACAAGGAGCUUUCAUCCAAAGAUCCAUUCGACCUCAAAGCUUUGAACAAGAACUCAAGACGAAAGCUAGAGCACUAUCAAGAGCUGUUCUUCAUCCUGCAAACCCAACCUCAGUACCUAGGUCGAAUCUUCAAGCGCAUAAGAGAACAGGCCACGGCUGAGAAGGAGUGUGAAAGAAUCAAGCAUCUGAUGAUGGGCCUAUUUGGCUAUGCACAAAAACGCCGAGAAGAAUACUAUCUCAUGAAGCUCAUCGCGCGGUCUCUAAAGGAAGAGGUUGACAAUUCACCAUCUCUCCAAGACUAUCUGCGAAGCAAUUUCUUCUGGGCUAAGAUGUUCGCUGCGUACACAAAAUCUCCUCGAGAUCGAAAGUAUAUGCGAGAUGUUCUAGGUCCGAUAGUCAAGGAAAGCAUCAUAGACAACUCUGAGCUUGAUCUCGAAAGCGACCCUAUGCAAAUAUACCUGUCUGCUAUAGAGAAUGAGGAAUUACGAACAGGCCGACGAAGCCAGAGAAGCCCUGACAUACCACGGGAAGCAGCUAUCCGGGAUCCGGAAACUAAACGAACAUUCAUCACCCAUCUCCAAGAUCUUCGUGAUAUCGCAGACCAGUUUUUUCUUUGUCUCGAAGACCAAAUUCAUAGGAUGCCUUUCGGCGUGAGGUAUAUUGCGAAGCAGAUGUACGAAGCCUUGACGAGGCGAUUCAACCAUGACGACAGCGGCCACGUACUGCAGGUUGUUGGUCAUUGGGUAUGGAAGCACUACUUCCAGCCAGCAUUAAAUGAACCCGAAAAACAUGGCGUGGUAGAUCGAGGUCUCUCGCAGGAGCAUAAGCGGAACAUUGGCGAGGUUUCGAAAGUCGUUGGGCAAAUCGCAGCUGGUAGGUUAUUUGGUGGAGAGAACGUGUUCCUUCAGCCACUCAACAGCUACGUGGAGCAGUCGAUCCAGCGUCUUGGAGAGACAUGGACAAAUUUGCUCGAUGUCCCUGACGCUGAGACGCAAUUCGACAUUGAUGAGUUUAACGAUCUAUACUCCCGAACGAAGCCGACGCUUUACAUCAAGAUGUCUGAUAUCUUCUCCAUACAUCACUUUGUGGCUGCAGAAGUCCCCUUUAUUUGCCCGAACCGAGAUGACAUUCUCCAGGAAGUAAUUCAUGAGCUUGGUAGUGCAAAGAACAAUGAGACUGAGCUUAGAGGCGUUGGUUCGUCAGAGAUCACCCUCACUCUCAACCCUAAGUUGCACGAAGCUGAAGAUCCGGAUGCUGAGUUCAAAGCACUCUUCACAGAGACAAAACGCUGCAUUCUUUACAUCAUCAGGGUUCAAUCCGGUGGCGACUUGAUGGAGAUCAUGGUCAAGCCUAUUACGCCGGAGGAUGAAGAUCGAUGGGAAGCCUUGAUCAAUCAGGAGCUUUCCAUUGGAAACCGCAGAAAAGGCGCGUACGCAGAGGCAAAUACUGUCAUGGACCUUGCUUCAAUGUCAUAUACGGAGCUCAAGCGGACAGCGCUCGAGAAUAUCCUUCGUAUCGAGCAAAUAGGCCGCAUCACACGCCACAAUCACUAUCAGGACUUGCUGAACGCUAUCGCCGUCGAUAUCCGAACAAAGCACCGUCGAAGAGUGCAGCGCCAGCGUGAGCUCGAGACGGUGCGCCUCACUCUUGCCCGCCUCAAUGACCAGGCAGUCUACCUAGAGGGCCAGCUCAAGACUUAUAAUGAUUACAUUGAGCAAGCCAUGGUGACACUUCAGAAUAAGAAGGGUAAGAAGCGAUUCGUCAUGCCUUUCACUAAACAAUGGGACCAUGAGCGUGAGUUGGCGCGGUCCGGUCGUGUUCCCAAGUUCGGCUCCUUCAAGUACUCAGCGCAGGAUCUAGCGAACCGUGGCAUCCUCUUGUCCUGGGCAGGAUACACAGAUCGGCAAUAUCAACACAUCGACCUAACGCUCUCAAGCAAUGAAGUUGGCGUUUUCACCUUGGAGGGCAGCAAUGGACCAAUAAGUAUUCCAGGCGCAAGUGCCCAAGUACCGCUAGACGACUUGCUGCAGGCGCAAUUUAACAAUACGCAGGUGUUGGAAUUCUUUGAUGAAGACGGUAGAGGGGGUUUGAGGGUGAAUGUGAAUCUUUUUGUGCAUUUGAUCAUGAGGAAAUUUUAUAAAGAUAAAGAUUGA